AUGAGAGGACGAGGACGUGGAUCUUCAUCACGGGGUCGAGGAGAACAUGGCAGGGGUAGUGUCCACACAAAUGAAUCAGAAAAUAUCAAUCAAGAUUUGGUACAGCACACUGCUUUGAUUCCUAGACCAGACCAGGGUGAGAGAUCCACACAGGGUGUUGCAUCAUCCACUCUUGCUUCAGUGCAUACAUCUGCUACUGCCUCAGCUCCCAUAGGUUUGCCACCUAUUCCAUCGAUGGCUACAUUUGCAUCUGCAUCUGCGUCUGAUAGUUGCGGACCCACAGGAUACAGACCAUAUAUUUCCUUAGUAAACUCAAUCAUGCAGCCUUCGGAUCCGAUUGCUAGGUGGAUUACCUUGAUCUUCAAGGAAAAGUUAGUAGCAGAUGGCUUUUGUUGGAAAAAUGUACCAGAAGAGGUUAAAGAAUUCUAUUGGCAAGAAUUUAAGAAACAGUUCUUAUGGGAGGAGGCAAUAGAGCAGCUUAUGAAGAUAGCUUGGAGGAAGAAAGCUGCCGAGCGGUAUCGUAGCCUUAUGUGCAGCGUAAGGAAUGGGAAGGAGAAGAGGCUAUCACUGACAGAAGGAGUAAUGGAUGCAUGGAAAUCCGCUUGGGGAGCAAAUGAGUAUAAAGAGAAAUGCAAAAAAUUCUCAAAUAACAGAAAGAGUGAAAUAGGUGGGCAAGGCGCUGGCCCAUCAAGACAUUGUGGAGGAUCCAUAUCUCAGUAUAGGCAUCAACAACAGAUGCGCGAAAGACUAGGUAGAGAUCCUCUACCUCAUGAGUUAUUUGAGACUACUCAUAAGAAGAAGGGUACCUCAGAGUUUGUUGAUGCACGCUCAAAGGCCAUUCAUGCUUCAGUUUUCUUCCCAAACAAGACUUCUGCUAGUACAUCCUUCACAUCAGCUCAGCAAAAUCAGGAUCUUCAAGAUGAAAUGACUGAUCUCAGAUGCAAGAUACAGGAGCGUGAGGAUAAUGAACAAGUAUUGUGUGAGCAAAAUGUGCGGAUUACCUCUGAGCUCUCACAGGUGAAGGAUUUACUUAUGCAGCUUGUGAGUCAAAGGCAAGGCAGCCAGCCUUCAGCUCCCGGUGAGGGAACUUCUGCACAGCCUCCUGAUCAAGCAGAUGAAGCUAAUGAUGAGGACGAGGACGAGGACGAGAACACUACAUAUUUAUAG